AGAUCAUUGCGGGGCCAGCUGUCGUCAUGUUAUAAGGAUAGUAAGGCGUGCUAUCGAUCGAAGAAAAGCACCCUUCGAGUUAGACAACAAUAAUCGAUCAUUGCGGGAAUUCUACUUCAUUGAGUUGUAUUUGGCCGGACGGUGGUGCUGCUCCUGGAGACGUCUCUGCCGCUGACGUCAGGGGGCUUCAGUCAGGCGGAGCGGAAGCGGAGUCCCGCUGCUUGGGGCUGCUGUCACGGGCAGCCAACGGGUUAGUGCCGCUCUGCGUAUGAACUGAUCCCGCAGGCCAGAAAGCAGCAAUAAAACGCACACGCAUAUAUAUACAAAACAUCGCUACCUAAGCAGGGGUCAUGGAGGCGCAGAGCAAAGAGGAAACCAAGGGACCCGUACUUCAUAUUGUGGUGGUUGGAUUUCAUCACAAGAAGGGCUGUCAGGUGGAGUUCUCCUACCCCCCUCUCCUCCCCGAGGAGGGCCAUGACAGCAGCUUACUCCCUCAGGAGUGGAAGUACCUGCCCUUCUUGGCGUUACCCGAUGGAGCCCACAACUACCAAGAAGACACCAUCUACUUCCACCUGCCCCCCCUGAACGGAGACAUGAAGUGUGUAUAUGCCGUUUCCUGCUACCGGCAGAUAGAGGCCAAGGCGCUGAAGGUCCGGCAGGCUGACGUCACCAGGGAAACGGUGCAGAAGAGCGUGUGCGUCCUGAGCAGGGUGCCCCUGUACGGCCUGCUCCAAGCCAAGCUGCAGCUCAUCACACACGCCUACUUCGAGGAGAAGGAUUUCUCGCAGAUAUCCAUCCUGAAGGAGCUGUAUGAGCACAUGAAUGGUUCUCUGCCUGGCACCGUCCCAGAGGGCUCUCAGGUCUACCUGGGCAUGUCUUCGAGGGAUUUGAUACUCCGCUUUCGGCACAAGAUCCUCAUCCUCUUCAAACUGAUCCUGCUGGAGAGGAAGGUCCUCUUCUACGUGUCACCAGUCAGCAGACUUGUGGAGGCACUAAUGACCAUCCUGUCACUCUUUCCCGGGAUGAUCGAACACGGCCUGGCAGACUCCUCCCACUAUCGGCCGAGGGGGAGCGUGUCCGAGGACCCCGCCCCCGUGACGGCUCCCCCCGCCCCCGAGGAGUUCAUCUCUGUGUCCGUCACGGACGUUGACGGCACCCCCCAGGAGCCGCUGGAGGAUUCAGAAGAAAUGGGCGUCCCCGUGCCUGAAGCUGCCCCAGAGCAAGCAGAGAAGCAGCACCUGAAGCUGCCAUCUCGGUCGUCCCCCGUGUCAUCGGAGAGUGACUGGGAGACGCUGGACCCCGGGGUGCUGGAAGACCGAAGCCCUGUGGAGGCGGCGGUGGGGGAAGUGACAGACGGCGAGUCGGGCUCGGCCAUCACGGUGCAGCCGCAGCCGAGCGGCGGACAGGCCGCCCCGGACCAGGGCAUUGUGUCGGGCCUCCAGGAAGACCAGUACGGCCAGCCUCUUGCCAUCUUCACCAAGGGUUACCUGUGUCUGCCUUACAUGGCUCUGCAACAGCACCACCUGCUGUCGGACGUGACGGUGCGUGGCUUCGUCGCCGGGGCGACCAACGUGCUGUUCCGCCAGCAGAGGCAUCUGAGCGAUGCCGUGGUUGAAGUGGAGGAGGCCCGCAUCCUCAUCCAGGACCCCGAGCUGCGGCGGCUGGUGAGCCUGUCGACGGCAGACCUGCGCUUCGCCGACUACCUGGUGAAGCACGUGACGGAGAACCGGCAGGACGUCUUUCUGGACGGCACCGGCUGGGAGGGCGGCGACGAGUGGAUCCGCGCCCAGUUCGGGCUCUACAUCCACUCGCUGCUCGCCACCUCGCUGCAGCAAGAUAACGAGAAGCUCAUGGCCGACUACGGCGCCCCCUUCGUCUCCGCCUGGAAAGUCACCCAUAACUACAGGGUCUGGCACAGCAAUCCACACGAGGCCAUGUCAGAGGUCGCCGCUGGCCACCCUUUCCAAGGACACUACAGUGUCACCGAUGUAAAACUGCGCUUCUCACACUCCGUGCAGAACAGCGAACGGGGGAAGAAGAUCGGCAACGCCAUGAUGACCACCAGCCGGAGCGUGGUGCAGACGGGAAAGGCUGUGGGCCAGUCGGUGGGUGGGGCCCUGGUUACCGCCAAGUCUGCCAUGUCCUCCUGGUUCUCCACGCUGGCCCAGCCGACCGUUAUGCCUAGCCUGGUUCCGCCCGAGACUAAGCUGUGACCCCCCCCUCCCCCACACCUCCACCCUGCCUUUCCUCUCCUCUCUCCGUUUCUUUCACAUGCAAGACAUUCUUGCACCCCCCCCACCCCACACACGCACCUAGAGAUGAAGAAG